AGUCCGGCCCGGGUUUUCCGCCCUCGCUGGGAAGAGGCAGCAGCAGGCAGGCCUCAUAGGGAGGUGUAGUUCGCCCGGGGAGAGAAGGGAAGGAGGAAGGAAGGAUGGCGGAGCGCUUGUUCGAGGGGCAGGACCACGCGCGUGUGUACCAGAAAUACCGCUUCCCGCCCCAAGAAGCCUUGCAAAAGGCCGUGUUUUCCUACCUGGACCGAAAGGGGGGUGCCUUCGGCCUGGCGCUGGACGUGGGCUGUGGCUCCGGCCAAGGGACCCUCCUGCUGGCCCCACGCUUCCGAAAAGUAGUGGGGACGGACGUCAGCCCGGCCCAGGUCAAGGAGGCACAGCAGGCCCCACACCCGGACAACGUCUCCUACCAGGCCUGCCCGGCGGAAGAGCUCCCCUUUGCGGACGGGUCAGUGGACCUUCUCACCUCCUUCACAGCAGCGCAUUGGUUCGACAUACCGCGGUUCAUGCGGGAGGCAGAGCGUGUCCUUGCGCCCUCCGGCUGCCUGGUCCUGACCACCAACACCCUCGACAUGCGCCUGCAUUUCCAGGACUGUGACCAGGAGCUCACCCAGAUCUUCCAAGAGUUCCGGGACCGGCUCAAUCCCUACAUCAGCGACAAAGUCCGCCUGGUGGCCAGCGACUACAAGGAGAUCUUUGAGGCCGUGCCCUUCCGGGACAAAGAGCGGGUCACCGACAUCGUGGACAAGGUGCCCAUGACCGUGGCGGAGCUGGUGGGCUACGUCCAGUCCUUCUCCAUGUUCCAGUUGUACCUGAAAGCCCACCCGGAGGAUGCCCGCUCUCAGGUGCAACGCCUCCAGGACAGGCUCCUGAAGGCGAUGGGAACGACUUCCCUUGAAACCAAGCUGGAGUUCUGGAAUCGGCAGGUGUGCAUCCUGGCUUCCCGGAGACCCAUUCCAGAUUCCUGACCACAUAUUAGCCUUUGAAGCCCACAGGGGAGGGAAGGAAGCCCAGCCAACUCAUGGGCAGAGAGCCCUGCCCUGCCCUGGGGCCACUGUCGGGACCACGGCCAAGAGCCAAGGGGAAUAAAAUUACACGCUUA